GUCGAGUGUUAUUCAAUAAGCGCCAGUCUUGCUGCUCACUUAGUCGAAGUAAAGUCUUUUAGUUUGCUGUUGUUUAAUAUAGUAAAAAUGAUUUCGAUUAGAUUAAACUGCGUAUUAUUGAGCUUCGCGCUGAUUGCUUUCCAAAGUGUAAAUUGCGCAUUCGAUCCGGAAUCAAUAUGCAGCCUAGUUAUGGACGGCAUCAAAAUGAAGGAUCCGCGAGCCUGCGACACGUGGAUAGAGUGCUUCAAUGGAUCACCGAUUAGCGGCAGCUGCGACGAAGGAUACUUCUAUGAGCGAGAGAGCCAAAGCUGCUUGCCUGCCGAUGAGGUCAAGUGCAUCUCCAGCAAUCCGUGUGCGGCAAUCGAAACUGGUUUCGCGGCUGAUCCUUAUUCCUGCAACGGUUACUAUUACUGCAGAGAGGGACAAGCGACGCUGGGUGAAUGCCGAGCGGGUUAUAACUAUAAUCCCGGACUGGAGACCUGCAUCAGGGAUUAUCCAUGCACAAUUGGCAUGGAUCCGAAUAGCAUUUGCAACAUACUGCCCGAUGGUGUGUUCAUGAAGGACAGCAGCAACUGCAAUGGCUGGCAAAUGUGCUGGAGGGGCAACGUGAUCAUCGACACCUGCAGCGACACCUUUUACUUUGAUGCCGCCCAGAGCAAAUGCGAAUACCCGCAGAAUGUGCAGUGCUCACAUACCGAACCCCCGCCCCAAAUGGCAGAUGCCGAGACAUGUCCUCAGUCAGACAUCUUUGUGUCCGAUGGCAAGACUUGCAACGGAUAUUAUUAUUGCCAUGAGAAUGCCGCAGGAGAAAUGCUGCUGUUGGCCGGCACAUGCUCGGAAGGACGUUUCUUCAAUGCUGCCCAGCAAGGCUCGUGUGUGCCCCAAGAGAAGUUGCAUUGCAGCUACGAUCGUUGUGUCAAUCGUGGGCAGUCGCAUGUUGAGCUGGCCAACGUGUCGGAUGAUGGAUGUCGUGGCUACGCCAUCUGUCAAGACGGAGUCACCAUCGGCACAGGCAUUUGUCCCGCUGACCAACCGUAUUUUGAUGAGCUGACACAACGCUGCACGAGUGAGAUCAUCUCGUAUGCUGCUUGUGCCAAGGAAGUCAAGGAAACCACCAUAGAAUAUAGCAUAAGAAAGUAGAAAAUAAUUAGAUAAUAAAUAAGUCGCAGAAAGUGUAA